GGGUAUUGAAACUUGAAAACCGUUUAAAUUAAACCCUAACGCCGAUAUUCCAGUUGGCUAAAUCAGUUGCAGAAACCCUAAGGGAGGGAUUGAAUCGGAGCACAAACAACAAUGGGGAAGAAACAGAGGAAGAAGAUAGUACUGCCGCCGGAGCUUCCGCCGGAGGUUUCUGAGGACGAAAUUGAAGUCUCCGAUGAGGACUUGCAGUUCGUCAACGAGAAUCGUGACUACGCUGGCUUCGUCUCCAAUUUGGAUACUAAAUCAAUCACGAGGCAUGUUUCUCGUGUUGCUGAUGUAAAAGAAGAUGCUUUGGAGUUUCUAUAUGAGAAGAGAUUAAGAAAGAAGUCAUUAGAGAAAGAAAGUGAGCAAAAAGGGCUUGAAGUUGAUCGUGUAGAUGCCCUUCCAGUGAAGACCUUAGAUGGAAAACUUGUCUACAGGACAGUGCCAAAGAUAUCACAACAUUCUGAAAAUGUAACCGGUGGGGACCAGGACAUUGGCGAUAAUGAGGCUGAUGGUGUAGAUAAAAGUUUAGUGAAGUUGACAAAACCGGAAAAGCGGGCAAAGCUUAAAAGAAUGAAAAAAGAGGCAAAGAAGCAAGCCAAGGAGGUGGAAAAUGUAGAGGAAGUGCAACAAACCCCUCAAGCUGUAGUGCUGGCUGAGGUGGAAAAAGAGCUCACAGCUUUAGAAGCGAAUGAAAGAAAGAAGUAUAAACUGGCAGAACUUGGAACUGCACUGCUUACAGAUCCAGAAUCGAACAUCAAAUCUCUUAAAGAAAUGCUGCAAAUCUCUAAAGAUGGAGAUCAUGCUAUAACAGUCCUUGGGCUAAAGUCUUUAUUGGCUGUUUUCAAAGACAUUAUACCUGGCUAUCGAAUUAGGCUGCCCACUGAGAAGGAGCAGGAAAUGGUUGUUUCAAAGGUUGUUAAGAAAAUGCGGUACUAUGAAUCCACCCUCCUAUCUACAUACAAGGGAUACUUGCAGAGGUUGAUAGCCUUAGAACAGCAGGCCUCAUUUCAGCGUGUGGCUAUUCGUUGUAUCUGUACUUUGCUAGAUUCAGUUCCCCACUUCAACUAUCGUGAGAGCUUGUUAGCUGCUGUUAUUAAGAACAUAAGUUCUACGGAUGAUGUUCUAAAUAAGAGGAUUCCACUUCAAAGGCGUGAUAGUGGAUGGAAACUCUGUUGUGCCACUGUAAAGUCUCUUUUUAUAAAUGAGGGAAAGCAUGGUGGUGAGGCUAUUGUGGAGGCAGUUCAAUUGAUUGCAGAGCAUGUGAAAGUUUAUGAUUGCCAAUUACAUCCUGAUUCCAUUGAGGUUUUCAUGUCUUUGUCGUUUGAUGAGGAUAUUGGGAGGACUGAAAUGUCAAAGGCAGAUAAUAAAUUCAAAAACAAGAAAAAUAAAAAGAGAAAGAAUUCUGAGGAGCCUAGUCAAGAGAAUGACAAAAAGAAAAGUCGGAAAGAGUUGAUGUCAAAGACAAGAGAUGAGGUAUUGACCCCUGAGACAGUAUUGAUUUCUUAUUUUUGGGUGAAUGGUAUUGGUUUCUUGAUGUCGCUUACUCUCCAUUUCUUGGGAGAAUGGAGAAAUACUCUCUAUUCUUUCCUUCUGUGGCAUAAAGGAUAAACAAAAUAUUUUAUUCAAGUGGCACCAAGGGGGUGCAACCUGUAUACAAAAGAAAACUAUCCCAACAUACAUCAAAACCUAUUCAAAGGCCAGAAAUUGGUUAGUCACCCCCAAAACCAAAUAUAUAUAAUAUAAAAAAAGGUCUACCCUUCAAUUUAAUGAAAGGCUCUCUUCUUUACCAUUGAAAAUUAUUUACUUUUCCCCCCAAAUCAAUUACGUCAAAGCCAUGGGGACUAAACACCAAGCCUUCCUCUUCCUUCUAUGCACUCUAACUACUCUCUAAGAACAAAACAAUGCCCCUAUUGGCCUAGGAACACCCAUGGCACACCGACCUCACAGUUCCUAAGGAGGUAGCUUACCGGUUCCCUGUCUUUCUUGCAUGUGGUACCAGUUAACAUGCAAUUGUUUCCUUUUAAUCAAAUUAUCAAUUGAGGAUUGUUAAAAUUGAUGUAUUAUUGAUUGAUGUUAUUGAUAUAUUACAAUGAUUCCUAUAUAUAGAAGAGAGGAUGUGG